UCAGACAUGCACAUGCUUGACUCCUAACUCAGCACACAAUGGGGUCUAUUUCCGUAACUGCUCUUGGGUUAUCACCCCACUUGCACUGACUCUCUCCCUCUAUCUAUUUCUAACCCUUCCCAACACUGUAACCUACUUCCACACCAUCAUGGCCGACAGAACCAGCCGGUUAGGCGUUCGUAGGAAGGAGAAAGCGCCAGAAACCAAAGCAAAUGAGGAGAAGGACAAGGAAAAGGCCAAAGAGAAGGCUGUAAAAACUCCAGACAAGCUCAGCAAAAAGCAAGAGAACACCCCAGAGCCACAGAGGACCGAGGAGAAAAAGACAAAUGGUGAAAGCGAAGGGGCAACAGGCGCAGCAGGGGCAGCAGCCAAUAACAGUGAGGAUAAUGGAGAGUUUCAGCCCAUAGAGCUGCCACCUUUUGAAAUUGUCACCGGGGAGAGAAUGAGCCCGUUCUACUUCAAGUUUCAGUUCAGGAACGUGGAGUAUUCAUCGGGCAGGAACAAAACGCUCCUGUGUUUCAGAGUGGACACAGCAGGAAGCAACGCAGAGCCCCUGAAAGGCUACAUGGAGGAUGAACAUGCCACAGCCCACGCUGAGGAGGCCUUCUUCCAGGAGGUUCUCCCAAACUCCUCUAAGGAAUAUGACGUGACAUGGUACGUUUCAUCCAGCCCCUGCGUCGCUUGUGCCGCCAAGUUGGCCAACAUCCUCCAGCAGCGCAAGAAGCUGCGCCUCUCCAUAUUCUGCUCCCGUCUCUUUGAAUGGGAGGAGCCGGAGAUCGUGGAAGGCCUGAAGGCCCUGGUGAGGGCCGGCUGCAAGCUGCGGAUGAUGAAGCCCAUUGACUUCCAGCAUGUUUGGGAAAUGUAUGUGGAACAGGAGGGCGAAAGCUUUACACCGUGGGAGGAUUGCCAGGAGAACUAUGAGUACUAUGUGGAGAGAUUGACUGAUAUCCUGAAGUAGAUGAGAGUCCAACCUGACUGAAGCAGCCCGCUUGUGAAAUCAUCACUUUGUUUUUGUUUGUUUUUAUUUCUUUUUCUUCUUUUUUUUUUUUUGCUGUCACAUUUGACACUGCGGAUACAUUUUUAGAUGCGAGCACUAAUGGCAACAUUUUCUACUUCUUAUUUUUUAAAAUUAAUACAUGAAGAUACACGGUUUGUAGAUAAAUAUAUCAAACACGAUACAACGAGUCGCUUUUAAAAGAGCAAAGCAAUGCAAAAUACAUCCAGUCAUGAACCAUUCAAAAUAUUAAAAACAAAACUGGAAGAAGUCA